UGCUGAUAAGAUAAAGAGGAGUAAAUAUUAUCACUCGAAAUGGGUUCGGGUGAAGCAAGUGCAGAAUAACAGGUGGACCUAAGCAAAUAUUUAACGAUUGGAGACAAAUUUAGAGUAUUUUUUAUUUUUUUAAUUUUUUACUACGUGGGAUGCAGCGGCCGCGAGAUGGCUCUUUGCGAAAAUGAAUCACGGCAACGACGUUUCAUUCAAGUACACAUAGGAACGAACGAUUGCGAAACAUUCUAACGGAGUGCCAGUGGCGCGCGAGAGAGCGAUUGAACACAAUGUCCCAACUCGACGUCCGAAUGAAAGAAUGGGUGUCGACAUUCGGAGGAAUUUUUCUGCUGCUGCUCUUGAUCUUCUACUUGACGCGCGGCUACCUCCGAAGAUACCGAGACAAACUUUUCGCAAAAGGGGAAUCGCAAUUUGCCGAGAUUUACAACGUGCCUGCGGGGCCAGUCAAGAAAAAGCUGUUCGCUUCCCUGAGUGAAAUCAAGUCAGCGGACUGGGACCUGAAAAACAAGGGACUCAUUCGAAUCCUUGAAAUCGGAAGCGGCAAUGGGGCCAACCUGCAGUAUUUCCCAAAGGGCGCUCACCUGGUCAUGGUGGAUCGCAACGAGUUUUAUGGACCGCUCUUGAAAGAUAAUCUAAAAAAGCACAAUCAUCUACACCUCGAGAAAAUGGUGUACUGCUCGGCUGAAAAUAUGAAGCAAAUCUCUUCGGACAGUGUGGACGUGGUCGUUUCAACCAUCGUCCUCUGCUCCAUCGAUGACGUCAGAGCGGUGCUGACAGAGGUCAAACGAGUCUUGGCACCGGGUGGUAAAUUUUACUUCCUGGAGCAUGUGAUGGCGCAGGAAGGAACAACCCUUUGCUCAAUUCAAAAGUUUCUGUCGAUCUCAGGUAUUUGGCCUGCCUUAUGUGGAAACGGAUGCAGACUUGACAAAAAAACCGACUUUGAAAUCAAAGCUGCGGGCUUUGCAGACGUGAAACUAGCCCGCAUGGAUAUUUACACGGACAAAAUGGUUGUUUUCAAACUGAUCAAGCACCACAUUGCUGGAGUGGCAACGAAAUAAUUUUUAUGCUUCAAAAAUAAAUCUAUUUUUCUUACAGUGCGUUUUUACUAACAAUAAUUGGAU